CUCAACGCCACCAAGAUGCCCAACAGCUGCGUGCAGAUCGUCGACACUGUGUUCGGCGACUUCGCGGGCGCCGACGUGUGGAACCCCAACACGCCGCUGUCCGAGGACUGCCUGUACGUGAACGUGGUGGUGCCGCGGCCGCGACCGCGCUCGGCCGCCGUCAUGGUGUGGAUCUUCGGCGGCGGCUUCUACUCGGGCACCGCCACGCUCGACGUCUACGACCACAAGACCCUGGUCUCCGAGGAGAACGUGAUACUGGUGUCGAUGCAGUACCGCCUCGCGUCGCUUGGGUUCCUGUUCUUCGACACGAGCGACGUGCCGGGCAACGCCGGCAUGUUCGACCAGCUGAUGGCGCUGCAGUGGGUGCGCGACAACAUCCACCACUUCGGCGGCAACCCCAACAACGUGACCUUGUUCGGCGAGUCGGCGGGCGCCGUGUCCGUCAGCCUGCACCUGCUGUCCCCGCUGAGCCGCAACCUGUUCAGCCAGGCCAUCAUGGAGUCGGGGUCGCCGACGGUGCCCUGGGGCAUCAUCGACCGCGAGGAGAGCAUCCUGCGCGGGCUGCGGCUCGCCGAGGCCGUGGGCUGCCCGCACUCGCGCUCCGACGUGCGCGCCGUCGUCGCCUGCCUGCGCACCAAGAACGCCACGGACCUGGUGAACAACGAGUGGGGGACCCUGGGAAUCUGCGAGUUCCCCUUCGUGCCCGUCAUCGACGGCGCCAUGCUGGACGAGAGCCCGCACGAGUCGCUCAAGGCCAAGAACUUCAAGAAGACCAACAUCCUGACGGGCUCCAACACGGAGGAGGGCUACUACUUCAUCCUGUACUACCUGACGGAGCUCUUCAGGAAGGAGGAGAACGUGUACGUGAGCCGCGAGGAGUUCCUGCAGGCGGUGCGCGAGCUCAACCCCUACGUGAACAACGUGGCGCGGCAGGCCAUCGUGUUCGAGUACACCGACUGGCUCAACCCCAACGACCCGAUCAAGAACCGCGACGCCCUGGACAAGAUGGUGGGCGACUACCACUUCACGUGCAACGUGAACGAGUUCGCGCACCGCUACGCCGAGGCGGGCAGCAACGUGUACAUGUACUACUUCAAGCACCGCUCGGCGAACAACCCCUGGCCGUCGUGGACAGGCGUGAUGCACGCAGACGAAAUCAACUACGUGUUCGGCGAGCCGCUGGACGCGAGCAAGAACUACCUGCCGCAGGAGGUGGAGCUGAGCCGCCGCAUCAUGCGCUACUGGGCCAACUUCGCCAAGACGGGGAACCCCAGCCUGUCGGACGACGGCACCUGGACGUCCACCUACUGGCCCGUGCACACGGCCUACGGCCGCGAGUACCUCACGCUGGACGCCAACUCCACCGAGACGGGCCACGGGCCGCGACUCAAACAGUGUGCCUUCUGGAAGAAGUACCUGCCGCAGCUCAUGGCGGCCACGCAGCACUGCCAGGCGAACGCGGCGGAGCAGUGCACGAGCGGCGGCGGGUCUGCGCAUGCGCCCUGGCGCGCGCUCCCCCUCCCCCUCCUGCUGCUGCUGCUGCUGCUGGCCUCCGGCGCG